AUGUCGACUAGAAGCCAUUUCUCAGAUGCUGACAGCUUCCAAUAUCAGAGCGACCAAUUUAGCGAAUGGCUCACACAACAGCCUGGCGUGACGGUCAGUCCUAAGAUCUGGAUCUCAGAUCUCAGGUCUCAUGGAUCUGGCAGAGGCGUUGUCGCCAACACCGACAUCGAGGAGGGAGAAGAGUUAUUCUGCAUCCCGCGAGACAUACUCUUAACCGUUCAGAACUCGCGUCUUAAUAAACACAUCCCCCAAGAGCUAGCAGAACUCGGACCAUGGCUCUCGCUAAUUCUAGUGAUGAUCCACGAGUACCUGCUAGGCGAUCAGUCGCCCUGGAAACAAUACUUUCAGGUCCUCCCAACAAGCUUUGACACAUUGAUGUUCUGGACCGAUGAAGAACUCUCUCAUCUCCAAGCUAGUGCUAUUGUUGAUAAAAUCGGCAAGCAAGAAGCAGACCAGUCAAUCCUCGAGACCGUACUCCCAAUCGUCUAUUCCAACCCCCACCUCUUCCCACCCGCCUCAGGGGUUGCAUCUUACAACGACAAUGCAGGUGCCCACUCACUACUCAAACUGGCACAUAGAAUGGGGUCGUUGAUCAUGGCGUAUGCCUUUGAUAUUGAAAAGGGCGAGGAUGAAGAGGGUGAUGGACAGGAUGGAUACCUCACUGAUGACGAGGAACAACUGCCAAAGGGCAUGGUACCGUUGGCAGAUCUUCUCAAUGCUAAUGCGGACAGGAAUAACGCACGGCUUUUUCAAGAAGAGAAAUCACUCGUUAUGAGAACCAUCAAGCCUGUCAAAGCCGGGGAUGAGCUGUUCAAUGAUUAUGGUGAGAUACCACGAGCGGAUCUCUUGAGAAGAUAUGGGUACAUCACCGACAAUUAUGCUCAAUAUGAUGUUGUCGAACUGCCUCUGACCCUGAUAUGCGAUGCUGCUGGGUUUGAGGAUGUCGAAAGCAAACCAUAUCCUCAGCUUGAAUUCCUUGAAAACUUCGAGAUCCUCGAAGAUGGCUUCUGCAUUCCACGUCCGCUGCCAGAUGAGUCGUCGCUACUAGACAUUCUACCAGAUGAGCUCCUCAUUCUCGUCAAAGUCUUGACUCUUAGCGCGGAAGAAUUGCAGCAGCGACAAUCAAAAAAUAAGCCCCCGAAACCGGCUCUAGAUAAUCAAGAAGCACAAAUUCUGCUUGAUGCUGUGCGUGCCAAAUUAUCUCAAUACGCAACUACACUUGAGCAGGACUACCAGAUACUUCGAGAUUUGCCUUCUACUAGCUUAGAAAGCUCUGCAUGCCGUCACAAAAUGGCCGUGAAAGUCCGUGCCGGAGAAAAGGAGAUAUUAAAACAACUCUCAUCGAUGCUUGCAGACUUCGUUUCGAGUGGAAGCAACAAGCGUUCCGCAGAGGAUAGUCUUCAUGGACUACAAAAGAAAGGGAAGAAUUAA